AUGGAACACCACUCUAAAGAUCCAAAUUUAAGAUCCAAAUUUCCUUUUUAUUUAAACUCAUCGGUUUAUAAAGUUCUAAAUGGUACUACUCAUGUAGCGAUUGCACCAAGUACUAAAACAAUUAAAACAGGUUCAAUUCCAACAUCGGUUCAAGCUUUGCUAUUACUUGAUGGAUUCAAUGUUGAACUAACAGAAGGUAUGCUACCACAGUCAAUUAUCUCUAUUGAUAUCACAAGGGCUAGUGAUAUCUUUUAUAUUGAUAAGUCGUCCUCUGGUAGAUCCAAUUUCAACAUCAAUAAUCUUUUAGAUUCUAUCCCAAGUACCCAUGAUACUGAUAAGGGGGAGUUGUCACAUGUUAAUAAGAAGGCAAUGGUAUCAAGUGUUCAACUCCUAAUUCAAUCAAAUUAA